GUCCGCGCGCUGCCUCCGCUCUUACCUGCACUCACAUGACAACAUGGACUCGUGCUUCCGCGCGCUCUGCGUGACUUUCGUGCUGGCGUCUUGCGGCCGGAGGUCAGGUGCGGCCGGACCGGUGAUCCGCUGCGAGCCGUGCGACCCGGGGGCCCGGCUCCUGUGCAAGCCGCUCCCGCAGGACUGCGCGGAGAAGGUGAGGGAGCCGGGCUGCGGCUGCUGCCUGACGUGCGCGCUCCGCCCCGGGCAGCCGUGCGGCGUGUACACCGGGAGGUGCGGGGCCGGGCUGAGCUGCCAGCAGCGGCCCGGGGAGGAGAAGCCGCUGCAGGCGCUGCUGGAGGGCCGCGGGGUCUGCGGGCCGGCGGCCGGAAGGAGGCCGCCCGGGAGAGCCGCAGCGCCCGCCAAUGAACUGCCAGUGGAGAACGCCGAGACUCCGGAGGAAGAGCGGAACUCCACCGGCUCCGGCCUUCAGACCUCGUCCAGCACCCACAGACCCACCGGACCCCUCAGGCUCCCCCCUCUCCAGUUCUUCCCCUCCAUCAAGUCCGACAUCCUCCGACGGGACCAUCAGAAGAGGACUCAGAGCUUUAAGAUGGAGGAUCUCCCGGGGCCGCUCAUCACAGACCAGCAAAACUUCUCUCUGGAGACCAAACAGGAGCCCGAGUAUGGCCCCUGUCGGAGGGAGAUGGAGAGCAUCCUCAGCAGCCUCAAGAUCACCAACAUCCUCAACCCCAGAGGUUUCCGCAUCCCCAACUGUGACAAGAAGGGCUUCUAUAAGAAAAAACAGUGUCGUCCGUCCAAAGGCAGAAAGCGGGGCUUCUGUUGGUGUGUGGACAAAUACGGGCAGCCGCUGCCAGGCUUCGAUGGGAAGGAGCGAGGAGACGCCCAGUACUACAACUCCGACAGCCAAUAGGAGGAGAGCAGGGCCGCGAGGGCGGGCGGGAGCCAACGAGGAGAUUUGUAAACAAAUGGAGACACUGAGGAUAUUGGAAGAGAGGUCAAGAGAUGGCUCGACCGAUAUAUGGAUGUUUUUUUGCUAUUUUGAUCUGUUGCCUGUGGGACCUUUUUUUCAGAGGCGGAGCAAAAAGGGGAACAGAGGAAAAAAAAUUCUUUUUAAAAAGUAGAAAGCAUGCACAUUUUGUACUUUCAUCCCUGGGAAGAAGCUGUUUUUGUCUCUGACUCAACGCGCACAGUUCCCGGGAAGACGAA